AUGGGAUUAACCGUCUCCAAUUUGUUCCACAGUUUAUUUGGGCAGAAACAGAGCCGAAUUCUUAUGGGUGAGUACAACUUUAUAUUUAUAAUGCCAUUUUGUGACAUUCACAUUGCCUUUAAAUUUCCUUAAUAUUUAAACUAUGUUAGCAUUGUUUAUAAUAGUUAGAUUUUCGCUUCAAAGUGAUAAAACAUUUGGUCCUAAAACCUGUUCAUUUUAGUGCAUUUUCUCUUGUAUAUUUUUAUCAAAUAUGAAAUCUGGUAAUUUCUAUUAUUUAUCCAAUCCGCAUUACCUAUAUUGCCAUAUUGUCAUAUUAUAAUAUUCAGUGCAGAUUUGUUGCACUCCAAAUAGGAUAACCAAUUGGCAACCUAUGAUGCUCAUGUCAUGAUAAAUAGUCAUAUAAACUGUCAGUGUAUCAUUUAAUAAUUUGAAGUGAUUUUGUCUACGUACCCCCCCCCCCCUGACUUUUAAACAAAAGCCCCAUUGAGACAAACAUUCUGUAUUAUAUAUAUGAGAGGAUACCAAGGCAAAAACCAAUGGGAAACUUGGCACUUUAGCAGGAGGACUUUACCUCCUGCAGCAGUUUGAAGUAAAAAAAGCAUAAUUUUGCAGCUGAAAUAGAAUAUCAGACAAAUUUGCAAAUUAAAAAUGGGCAACAACGGGUAGCAUAUUGUACGUCUCAUGCCUACAUAUAGGCACACAGAAAUAUGAUUUCCACAAUUCUAUCAGUUUGAAUCAAAUAAAAUCAAAUAAUCAACAGUCACAAGAAUACAAAUUGUGAUUGAAAAUAUUACAGUAAAUGUUAAAAUUUUAGAAAAAAAUUCCAUUUCCAAUAAAGGGUUUUUGAAUGGUUUUGUCAAUGUAAACACUGAACUCUUACCAUUAUUGGUUAUAGAUUUCAAGAAAUUUAUAUACUGGGUGCAUUUAUUGGAUAAACAAGCAACAGAAGCAAAAAAUGUGAUUUUAGGUCCCUGGCAGGAAUUGAACCUGCGGCCCUGUGAUUCUGGUGCAGCGCUCUAUUACCAACUGAGCUACAGAGACCAGUUGUCAAGCUCUAACUACAAGUUCAUGUAUAUAUAUAUAUAUAUAUAUAUAUAUAUAUAUAUAUAUAUAUAUAUAUAUAUAUAUAUAUAUAUAUAUAUAUAUAUAUAUAUAUAUAUGUUAUCAUACAAGGGAUGAGGUGAUAUCAGUUUUAUCGCUCGAGGGAUGAUAUCACAAUUGUCACGAGCGAGCGCAGCGAGCGAGGGACAAUUGUGAUAUCGUCCCGAGAGCGAUAAAACUGAUAUCACCGAAUCCCGAGUACGAUAACCUAUUUAUUAUAUACUUGUACCUUUAUCAGGGUUUGACACCCAAAGUAAACAGUUUUGAUUUUUGAAAAAAUAGGAUCAUUUUAAAAUUCAAAACAAUUCAUCAUUUACUGAACAAAUAUGAUUUUAGAAAAUAAAUAGACCAUUCAUAUAGAUAAUAUACAAUUUAAGUCUUUCAUUUUGUAUUAUCGUUCUUGUUUUCUUCGAUAAACUCUUGACAUCAACCAACACGAACCUCGAAUCGGCCAUCUUUGUUUUGACAAGGCGCGAAAUUUAGCGGGACAAAAAACGAUAUCCGGGACAAAAAACGAUAUCUGGGACGAUAUCGUUUUUAUGUCCCGCUGCUUCCUACCUGAUAAAGGUACAAGUAUGUGAUAAAUAUAUAUAUAUAUAUAUAUAUAUUAUUGGUGUAGACUAAGACAUGAUAUCUGAAGAUAAUUUAAUAAAACCUAAACCUAUUUACGAUAGGUUUAGGUUUUAUUAAAUUAUCUUCAGAUAUCAUGUCUUAGUCUACACCAAUAAUAGUUUUGCUCUGCAAAAUCUUACCUGCAUUGAGCACUCUUCAGAUACGUGUCAGCAUCGACAAACAAGAUAUAUAUAUAUAUAUAUAUAUAUAUAUAUAUAUAUAUAUAUAUAUAUAUAUAUAUAUAUAUAUAUAUUUAUAUAUAUAUAUAUCUAUAUAUCACUGCACUGGAAUUGCAGGGCCGCAGGUUUGAUUCCUGCCAGGGACCUAAAGUUGCACCUUUUGCUUCCGUUCCUGAUUUGGUCUAAUAAAUGUAUUUAUUAUAUAAAGUAUAGUGCUUUAUAGAGAUUUAGAGCAAUGAUAAAAGUGAUAAUCUCACAUGUGAAAAUUAUUGCCUGUCAAUUAUCGCUUUUCUGUAAAUAUUAUCGCUUUUCAAAGACUGACCUUUAUAUAAUAAACAGAAAAUACAUGGGUGCUUGGAAAUACCAGAUUUAUUUCUCGUGUUGAAUAUGAUAUCUCACUUGCUUGCUGCACUCACUAGUGAGAUAUCAUGUUCAACACUCGAAAUAAAUCUGGUAUUUCCGUGCACCCAUGUAUUAUUCUCUAUAUAAUAAAUGUAUAUAUAUAUAUAGUCUUCAUUGAAAGACUGAGGCUGAAAAUAUUGAUACUAUCAAUAUAUGUAUCAGUAUUUUUUUCACUCCACAAAGUUUCCAAAUUUUUCCCACACUGAUUCCACAUACAUAUACAAUAUGUUAACGCUUGAAGACAGUAAUGUUUAGGUCCAUCAUGACUUUUACUGUAAGUGCAAAUUUUCUUAAAUUAACCCAUUAAUGCACAAGACUGUCCCUUUGACAAGUAAAAUUGUAUGCCAUUAGACAGAGUAAAAUAAUAGAGUAUGGUGAAUUUGGAUGCAUUGAACCUCAAUGGGUUAAUUUACUGUCGUUCCAAUUGAAGUGUUGCUCAAAUAUUGAUUCAAUACAUUACCUCGGGCUGACCAAUUCAUUUGAUCAAGUUCCUCGAGAUAUUCAUACACUUCUGUGAAAGAGCCAAUUCCAAGUAUUUGAUCAUUUCUGGUCACUUCCUUUCUAUUUAUGAUUGGUUAGUUGCACAAACAACAAAGGUGAUUGGUGCAUUCAAACUAUUCAACAGGAAGUUUACAAUUAUACUAGGAAGUGUAUGUCAUUGAAUAUCUCGAGGAACUUGAUGAAAUGAAUUGGUCAGCCCGAGGUAAUGUAUUGAAUCAAUAUUUGAGCACUUCAAUUGGAAUGACAGUAAGUGAUACUUGCAGUUAUGUGCUCUUGUUUAUUACUUGCCUAAUGCUAGACAAUUUAUUCAACUUGGUGAAAAUCAAGUAACUAAUAUAUUUAAGUGACAAUUUUUUAUUUACCAUCUUAGUUGGCCUUGAUGCUGCUGGAAAGACGACAAUUUUAUAUAAAUUAAAAUUAGGAGAAGUUGUAACUACAAUACCAACAAUUGGUGAGUUUUGGUUUAAUCCACACAUUACUCAGGGGUGGAAUAGCCUGCUUGCUGCCCCAUAUUGUUAAAGCAGUAACUUUGGGUCUGCUGAACUGCAUGCCUGUUCAUGCAGGGUUUGAGAUUGGCGGUAUCCUAGUAUCGUUGACGAUACCAGUUUUCAAUUUUGGAUACCAAAUGUUAAAACCUUGGUAUCCUAAGGCGUAAAAAAAUACCUGUGGUUCCGGUUACCGACCGACCCUAUUUUUUCCUGCUGACCCUAUUAUUUUUUCAACGUGAUUGACCGUGCGACCCUAUUUUCUCCAGGUGGUUGCGGGCUGCUCACACAGCGUGCCAAAAUGGCGUCUGUUGUCACACUAAUUAUUGAACCAAAUUGCCUAAAUUCGUCCAUAGAAAAUACGCAUCUCUAGUUAAUAUUGAUGUCGGGACUCUACUGCAAAUCGCCCAGCAAAAAACCGCCAAAGCCAUGAAAAAAUAUUCAAAAAAAUUUUUUAUUUCCGACCUACCGACCCUAAUUUUUUCACGAUAUGAAACCGGAACCACAGGUAUUUUUUUUACGCCUAACUGGAUACCAGAAAAUUCUUGCCUAAAUAUCAAUUGUUCAACAUUACUUAUAAACUUUAUCAAAGGGAAUCAAAAAAUUAAUAUGUACUGUAGUACAUAAUUUUACAAAUAAUGUUUGAAACGCUCGUAAACUUUGAGCAGCGAACGCUAAAAUAAAUAUUUUACUUUUCUUCAAAUUUCACUUCCGUUAGCUAAUUACUGAGACCCUGAAACACCCGCAAAUCCACCUGAAAUUGGCGGGUGUUUUCAUUAUCAGGCUACAUUAGUACAUUUCCACUUGCAUUCUCUGUUUUGAUCUCAAAGCACAUGUUCGAAUACAAAAUUUAAAGUGACAAUAAAUUUACAAACAGACUUUGGAGGAUUUCAUAUUAAGCUAUUUUAGUUAUUACAGCAAAAUAGUUUGGUGAAGAACAGAGGAAAUUUAUAAUAAUAUGUCUAUAUGUAUAUGGUUAAGGUUAGGGAUAUAUUUAGAAAUAAUGCAUAUCUAUUGUACUUUGUAACUAAAUUACUUUAUCAAUGUUCUCUGUACCCUGUAGUGAACUGAAAGUAAAGAAUACCUAACAUUCAAUAUCAUGAUUCUACCAUAGACGGAUUUUCAUAUUUUUUACUGGGGUGGUGCCAGAAUUUUUUAGGGGGGUGAGCCGUGAGCAGGUGCCUGAAGCAACACAAAGUGUCACCAAACCCCAGUAAGGUCUAUAAUAUUCUAGGGGUGGAGCACUAGAGCCGCGAGGGAGAGUCUAGAGAGCAGAAAACAAAGUAUCCCUGGAAAAAUUAGAAAAAAGUUAUGAUUUCUAGCUUCGAAAAAACGUUUUUUGAAGUUGUCAUAUCAAUGGAUUUGGCCUGUCUGAUUGUCUGUUGAGACUUGAGCGAGUGAAAGUUAAAUGAACCUGUAAAAGUGUAAACCCAAUAGGCCAAUACACAAUAUGCUUUUACUUUUAUAAAGUCAUUGACGUUGUGUCGUUUGAAUCCGAGUACAAUUUAUGAUGUAACUCCGAUGUAAAUAAUAUUUGGGGCGUAAUGAUUAAAUCUAGGCAAGACUAUUUCCUAAAAGAAUUAAAAACUAAAAAUAAUGUUCAUAAAAAUUCCAAACGCUCCUUGCAAGCAAGCUAUUUGCAUGACAAGGCACUGCAAACUCUAUUCAGGGGAGAUAAUAGAGUUUCAAAACUUUACAAUUGCUCCAAUAAACCAGUGAAUGCAAGCGAGGAGCAAUUAGUUUCAGAGUAUUGCACUGUCUUUUUCUAUUUGAGUGUACUCCUACGUUUAUUUUGUAUCAUCAACACUCUGCACGUUGGAGUGGACUAUUUAAUUAUUUUUUAUUAUGCCGAAUAUUGGGGGGUUAAAUUUUUGGAGGGGUGGACAGUUUGGUGGGGUUAUAGCUAAUCUGUGCCCUGCACUCCCCCCACAAAAUCCAUCUAUGGAUUCUACCAUAUUCCUAUGUUUGGAUACCAAUUUUUUGAAUUUGGAUACCAAAUUUGAAAUGCUGGUAUCCAUAAUGGAUACUACAGGCCUUGCCCUAAGAAAAUCGCACGGGAGUGGUUAAUCGCGCGCGCAAAAGACGUUGCAUGCUACUGUGAACAUUUUUUUUGAGGCCCCCUACAUAUCUAGAAAUGACACAAUUUGCAAAUAAUCUUGUUAAUUUACAAAUUAAAACAUUAACUGCCUUAAAAAAAAUAGGCCCUCAAGGAGUGCGUAAGGAUUUGCAAAAUAAUACAAGAAAGAUGGAAAAAUACCGCCCAAAAUGUAAUAUAACAAAUCACAACAACAUGACAGAUCUUUUCUUUGAAUGUCAACUUUUGUUUACUAAGGGACGGGUCAUUAUUUAUGGUGCGGGGUGGCACCGAAGAGAAAUGUUUUUCCUGGUAAAAAUUUUGCUGACCCAACCAUUAAAAAGCAAAAAUUUUGAUUACCCAACCUCAAAUAUCAAUUAAAAAAUAAAUACCCACCCCUGGCCAAAACCUUUACAAAAGAAUACCAUUCAGUAUUGUCACACAUGUCCUUUACCAAGUCUGUGACACAAGUUUGAUAACUAAACUUUCAUGUUGUAUGUACAUGUACUAGCUUUCUUUGGGACCAUUUGUCUCCCAACAAAUCGGAAAAUGAUCAAUAGUGACUCUGAUUGAUUCACAUAUUGUUUUGACAUAUGACUGUUGACAUUGCUUUUCAGUCUCCAAUAUUUAAGUGAGUCAUGCUUUGGAAAUGACAAUAACUUUUUAUUACCCAACCCUUGAGUUGUUUUGUUUUUCAUUUACCCAACCUUUUAGUUACUCAAAAUUUAGUUUACCCAACCCUUUUCUCUUCGGUGCCACCCCCCGCCAUAAAUAAUGACCGGUCCCUAAGGCGUAAAAAAACCCCUGUGGUUCCGGUUCCCGACCCACCCAAUUUUUUUCUGGCGACCCUAUUAUUUUUUCAACAUGCGACCCUAUUUUCUCCAGGUGGUUGCAUGCUGCUCAUACAGCGUGCCAAAAUGGCGUCUGUUGUCACACUAAUUAUUGAACCAAAUUGCCUAAAUUUGUCCAUAGGAAAUACGCAUCUCUAGUUAAUAUUGAUGUUGGGACUCUACUGCAAAUCGCCCAGAAAAACCCCGCCAAAGCCAUGAAAAAAAUAUUAAAAAAAAAAAAUUAUUUCCGACCUACAAACCCUAAUUUUUUCACGAUAUGAAACCGGAACCACAGGUAUUUUUUUACGCCUAACUAUUAUAUUCAAAAUUAAUAAACUACAACUUUUAAAUGGCUUUAUUACUGCCUGAAAGAUAAAGGAAAAACUCAAUUUGUAGAAAUGUUGAAGAUAUUUAACCACUGAGCUAUACUAUAUUACUGAGUUAAUAGAGAUUAUAAACUUACAUCGACUGAUAAAUAGUAGCUCAGUUCAGAUACAAAGAGAAGAAACAUUAGCGCCUCUUAACAUGUCAUAGGUUCCGUCUGCCCGAAAUAACCAUUAAAGGGCUAAAUGAAUCAUGCAGACAUUUUACACACAACGCUUGACAAACAGAUAUAACGAAACUUGUAUAAAGUAAUCAAUUUACAUAAAUAUUGUAUUCAAUUUAGCAGAACCACAGAGAGAAGCAAAACACCACACAGACAGUGUGCUGAAAUACCAUCCAGUGACCCGGUCUUGUUCAUUGUUACUUGCAUCUUGCUCAUAAAGUUCUUUUCAAUAAUCUAGAAAACUUCAAAAUCAUUCAGUAAAUUUAAUUUAAAAAUUUGGUGAAAGGGGUCAAUAGAUGAAGAAAUCAUUUCUUCUUGUUCAUACAUAUGGCCCCCAUCUCUGUCAGGUGCUAGAGUAGAAAUUUAUUGAAGCCUUCAGAAAAUAAUUAUGGCAACAAGGUUACCCGUCACACUGCAGAGUUGAGUUAGGCAAUUUUUUCAAAGAUCUCAAGGGCACAAAAGGUAUAAAUGUAGGGGCAAGGGAACAAAAUAAUGAAAUUUUGAGAUUUGGGGACAGGUUUUACGAUGGGGUGCUAAACCUUUUCCCUAACAAAUCCCUGACCAGCUGUAGUUGCCAUGGACAUUAAAAAUACUCAUUAACUCACUAACAUUAAAUAAUGCUGAAUAAAUGCUGAAACUGAUGUUUGACUAUUGAAAUAUCCUAGCAGGAAUAGGUUGAUCAGAUUUUAGCUUUGUCAACCUGGCCACUCUGUUAUUACAGUUAUGGCUCAUUUAAAUAAUUUCAGGCCAUUAAAUGUAAAUACAAAGUAUUUGAAGUUAUACUGUUGUAAACUGUAGUUUAGUAAUACUGUAAGUGUAAACACGUUUCUCGCAGGGACAAAUCAAUAUUUUAAUAAUCAUGUGAGAGUAGAACUUUACUGAGAGUCUGAGUAUAGUAUUAUAGGCCAUAGUCUGGCCAUGUGUUUCUCAUUCUUCGACAAAUUCAGCUAACUAUAUUAACAUACUGUAUCAAAUAUAUUAAAUAGCCUUCGAAAUAUAUAUUUCAUAGAGCUAGUCAGUGUAACAAAUUAUGGGAAUCUGCUAAAUAAUUUGUGACAAUAAAAUACUUCUAAACAUUUUAUAAUUCAUUCUGUACCUUUUACUUGAUGGAAAUCAUCACAAAUUAGUAUGUACGAGGUUGGCUCCAUUUUCCUUCGAAAUUCGAAACAUCGCCUCCUCGGCGAUUUAUAUGAUGCGAUAUAAAAGAAGAUUGAUGUACAUUCGACGUAUAUAUAAACGUAACAUGUUAAAAUGAAAGAUUACAACAAAAAAUAAAAGAAUAUAAAUAAUCCGCGGCAAUUCAAGUUCUAUUCGUGAACUCUUCGUCGCCCCCCCUGUCUUUAUUUCCAUAAAACCCGCUCGCAGGCUAAUACUCCAAGAAUCUUGGAGUAUUUGCCUGACACGUGACCAGCGUUUACCAGGGCCUCGCCCGCUUUGGCGCCCAUAUUAAAAAAUCGGGCGGGCAGGCGCUGGGUACGAGGUUGACCUAAGAGGGGGAUGGAAAUGUAUCAAAUUACAUCUUUCCACUUCUGCACUUCACACUUCGAUUGCAAGGAGCACAGGGAGCCCAAGCGUUGAUCUGUGUUAGUGCUGUAUGUUUUUCAGUUUAUUUAUUUUAGUGUCUUUAUAUUGCCUUUUAAUUGAAUUAUAACACUAAAUUACACUAAUAUGUCAUAUAAUAAUAAUACUCCUAUAGUCGAACAUAUAAUAACAACAUAUAAGUUGAUUUGUAUUUGUAUGUUUUUCAGUUUAUUUAUUAAAUAAUUAAUUCAUAUAAUUAUGGAAGUAUCCUCGAGGUAUUUUAAAACUAACCUCUGUACGCUUUUGUUCACAAUGUAGCUGCUUCAUUUCUUCAAAUUUCGUGAGAAUAUUCGUCCAGUAACAAUAAUUCUUGUAUAUUUUGAGUUGAUUUUGUAUGAAAGUAGCAAAACGAGCUCGUGUUGAUAAACAAAGUCUGAGGCUCUCCACUCCUUCAGAGUUGUAAAUCCCGUUUCGCGGCGUUAUAAAGCCAUAAUACUACAAAUUUUUUGCUCAAAAUUCUUCUUGUACGCUUCUAUCCUUGUGAUUGUAAAAUUGGCCCAGUCGGAAACGUAGCCAAGGCAAAAAACGCGAAAAACUGCCGUCUGUAAUACAAAUCUAUACAAAAGUGGGGCCGCAGAAUCGGGUGGCGGCCGGUAACUUCCGGCUUCACUUUUGUAUACUAUAGAUGCGUUAUCCAGUCUUAUUUCAGAUCAAAAUCGAAGCAAUGCAAUGCUUUCUUGUCGCCAUUUUAGAACUGUUGUUAUGGUUUUCAUGGUGUUUACCGCUGCAAUGUUUAUUUGAUCGUGGAUGCAGAAAUUAAAGCGCAAAUAAGCGGUAAAAUUUGAAAUUUGGCUUGGUAAAUAUACACUUUCUGUUGGGGAAUCAAAUUUCGCAAUUUACGAAAUUCAUCAAUAAAGAGGCAUUUUACAUAUGAAUUGUUUCUUAUAUAUUUUUACAGUGUUUACGCUGAGUUCUUGUAUUAAACAUGUAUGAUAUUCUGCUAUUAGAUUGCUAUUUGCAAUAGAAAUUAGCAAUUGCAAGCCCUUCAUUCGCAUAUGCUAAUAAAGCUCAAUGUACGCAGGACAUAGUUUUGGGCUUUUGGCUUUAGAUAUUCACAAUAUAUUUGCCGCGUUUAGUUUUGUUCUCGCUAUAAAAAUCAGCUGUGCUGCACAGAACAAUACUCUUUAACUCGUCCAACUCCUUGUAGAAAUGAACCGCAAUGUUUAACACCAAGUAAUUAAUUUAUGCAAAUCCGCAAUUUAUGUAAAUCUGAGCCCGCAGGUCAAACCGCAAACUGUAUUGGAUUUCUAGCCAUGUUUAGUUUGUGGGCGCGAUGAAUCGCUCGCUUAAGCAAUCUUAGGCGCACGCGCGAUCGCGCGCCCCUUAGAGCAAGGUCUGAUACUAGUAAAAAAUUCCAAUCUCGAACCCUGCAUGAUAUUUGACUUUUGACAAAACUUGAAAACUUUGCAAUAUUGCGUGCAGGAAAGUAGGAAACACAUUACGUACCAUUUCUGUUUUCAAAUAUACAGAAAUUUGUGUCUCUGUGUGUGUCUGUCUGUCAGCACGAUAACUUAAAGGGUAAUGGCAAUAAAAAUUUUUAUUGCUUUAUCUGAAAGAGCAUGAAAAAAUAAGCCGAUUGGCCGUUUACUGCUCUAUUCUAUCUCAUCUGGUUCCGAAGUUAUACGCAAAAAUGUGCAAAAUAUAAAUUGCUGAUUCAGCACAACGUGUGACGUCAUUGGUAGGGUAAGUAUGUUUAAUGAAUAGUAAACUGAAGCAUAGCUCAGUUAUUAUUGGCUCAAAUCAAAUGACAUUUUGCAUACAGAUAGUACAUGAUGAGACGCAUGGGAAAAUACUUCUAAUUUUGUUGUCAAGGCAACGCAGUCGUUCCCAGGCCCCUUACACUGAUUUUGAAUAACUAGUUGCAUUUAUCUAUGUGUAUGUCAUUUUCGAAUUAUUAUCAUGCAAGUAAACUUUUGGCAUGCAUAGGUAUGGUACACAUACUUCUGACAUUAUUUUAUUCUUAUAAGUACCAUGAAUAAAGCUGUUUUAUAAAAUUGGCGCAAGGGGCCUGGGAACGACAUUGUUACCUUGGCAACAAAAUUAGAAGUGUUUUUCAAUGCGUCUCAUCAUGUACAAUCAGUAUCCAAAAUUUCAUUUGAUUUGGGCCCAUAAUAACUGAGCUAUGCUUCAGUUUAGUAUUCAUUAAACAUACUUACCCUACCAAUGACGUCACACGUUGUGCUGAAUCAGCAAUUUAUAUUUUGCACAUUUUUGCGUAUAACUUCGGAACCAGAUGAGACAGAAUAGAGCAGUAAACGGCCAAUCGGCUUAUUUUUUCAUGCUCUUUCAGAUAAAGCAAUAAAAAUUUUUAUUGCCAUUACCCUUUAAAAAAUAUCAAACAUAUUAAAUUAAUAUGGAUUUGUAUGGGACUAAUAGACAUUGCCCAAGGACAAAUUGAUGAAAGAUGUCAGGAUGAAAAUUGGAUGAGAAUUUGGAAAAACUUAAUUUGCUGACAGGGGUGUGCAGCUUGUUCAUGUUACUUAUUGAUAUGUGCAAUUGUCUAUCAGAAUUCAGAAGAAAUUUUAUACUAUCCAGUGGUGAUAUAUAAGUCAUUCAUGUAGUUUGGUUUCCAAAACCAAAUUUUAGAAUCCUCUGUGUAUUGGGAUACUACAAAAUAAUAUUACUUUCUCAAUCCUCUGUGUAUUGGGAUACUACAAAAUAAUAUUACUUUCUCACUCAACAAUAGACCAAUAGGUCAUUCCAGAAAACAUCCACACCUUCCUCAUGGAGGAAAUUGAAAGUUACAGUAACCCCAUCCCCUUUCGGAUGUCCUCAGGACAGGAAAAGAUAAUUUUCUUCGUGGGAGCACAACCUGGAGACAAAAAUAUUCUGCAGACCAACAGAGUAUUUUUGUGCUAAAUCUUCAUAAACAUAGAGUGUGUUAACUGACCAUGGUUUUAAAUUCAAGGAAUAAUGUCUGUCAACCAUACAUUGUUGUGCCCAUAGUGGGACAUGGGUGUUAAGGUUUUCUUCAAAUUUUCUAUAGCAAAUCUUCAUUCAAAUGAAUAUAUUUCCUGCAGCUGUUCAACAUUUCAUGUGAGCAGUGCUCGCCUAUUUUUUUCCGCCCCUGGAUAUUCCAAUACACUUACUAUUAUCAGAAACUGAUCCCCCCCUGCCGGUCCAAUUUCAAGCUUCAAUUCAAACAAUUAUAUAGUAAUUCUUCUAAUGUUAUUAAGGGUUUAAUGUGGAAACUGUGGAAUAUAAAAAUAUUAGUUUUACUGUCUGGGAUGUUGGUGGACAGGAUAAGAUUCGACCAUUGUGGAGACAUUAUUUUGCUAACACACAG